AUGGGCAGAAAAGCGUUGUGCUCCAAGAAUGGAAUGAAGAAAGGAGCUUGGACAGCCAUGGAGGAUCAAAUUCUCACGGAUUACAUCAAAAUUCAUGGAGAAGGAAAAUGGGGAAACAUCCCCAUCCAAACCGGGUUAAAAAGAUGUGGAAAAAGUUGCAGACUUAGAUGGUUAAAUUAUCUAAAACCCGACAUCAAGAGAGGUAAUAUAUCUGAAGAAGAAGAGGAUCUCAUCAUUAGACUUCAUAAACUUUUAGGCAACAGAUGGUCCCUUAUAGCAGGUCGACUUCCGGGGCGAACAGAUAACGAAAUAAAAAAUUAUUGGAACACUACUUUGGCAAAAAAAAUAAAAUCAAAUGAACAAUCUAAAGAUAAAGAGUUACAAAUCAAUCAAAGAAAAGAUCUAUCUCUUGAUAGUUGCACCACAGUAUCGAAUACUCCCAAGCCCUCGUAUGAGAAUAGUUAUUUAGAAUUUGAUAGUGGAGAUCAAUUCUUGUUCUCAGAUAUUUCUGACUUUGAAUUUUGGAAGAUUUCUCAGUUUUUCUCCGGAUCAAUAUAA